AUGGCACCCAAUAUCAUCUCUAAACUGCUCAACAAAGACAAAGACAAACCCCCCCGCUACCCCAUCUCCCGCAUGGGCCCAAAAGCAGUAGGAAUUGACAAUUCCACCUGCGAAAUCAACCCCAAACAUACGAAAUGGUGGAAACUCCCUAUUCCACCGCCAGAACAGCGGGAUCGCAAGCUAGGCGGUACGCGCCCGCGCAAUCCACAAUAUCAGAGUCUAUUUUUCGCGAAAUUCCCGCGAGAGGUCAGGUACUUGAUCUAUAAGGAGGUGAUGGGCGGUCGACGCGUGCAUGUUGAUUAUGGGUUCAGGACACCCUCGAUCCAUCUCCAGCGGCGGGAAAUGAAAAAGGAUCCUCCGCGCUGGCUUUGGUGGCAUUGCGUGUGUGAGAUGAGUGAUUGCUAUUCCUUCGUGGAUGACCGGUACUAUGAUCAUUGUCCGGGAACGAUUGACAAAGCGUUUUUCGUGCGACGAGAGGGUGAAUCUCCCCCUCAAAGAAGGAAGAUUGGGGAUGUGGAGUGGUUGAGAUGUUGUCAGAUGGGCUACGAAGAAGCCAUCCCGGUCCUCUACGGUACAAAUGUCUUCGUCACCGGGUUCGCGAUGGAUACAGUCUUCCGCAUAUCCAGACUUCUCCGGCCAGACUAUACCUCUCUCAUCACGGCCAUGGAUAUCGCCUUUACGAUGCAGCUUCCCACAUCCUCUGCUGAUUCGGAAACCGAACUGCUGCCCGGGGACUGGGCAACGGUAUACCCGGCCUUCUUCGAGCUUUUCACGCAUUCCUUCCGCAACGUGCGCCGGCUGCGCUUGACAAUGUGUCUGGAUCAAUCUCACGUAGCAGCCAACGUGAGCACGAGAGCGCUUCUCGCGCCGCUGGAAUCUCUCACAGCUAGUCGAGAAUGGGACCAGCUGGAUCUCUGCGUUCCGAUCUCUUUGUAUCUACGGUUGAAGGAGAGGGCGGAGGAGCAGGAUAGGUGGGUGUUGAGGGUUAGUGAAUGUGGUCGGGAUUUCCCCGUGCCUUGUUUCUAA